CAAUAUUAAAUAAGAACCAAAGAAGAAAGAGGAGGAUAGUUAUUAGUAACUGAGAAAUCAUCACAUGAGGGAGUAAUUAAUAGGGUUGAAUUAAGGCUCUAAAAGAGACGCCGAAUUAGAUUACAAUCUCUCGUUGCGGAUCUUAUCUUCAUCUACUUCUUUACUCAUGUUUCCUCUUAUAUAAUGACAAUUUCGUAGCGUACUAAUUAACUAAACUUGAGAUCAAAAGAAGAACAAGAAACUCUAAUGGCAGGUAAGGAAUAUGAGAAGACUUUAGAGGAGACCUCUACGUGGGCAGUCGCUGUGGUCUGCUUCGUCUUAAUAGUCAUUUCGCUUGUUAUUGAACAUUUGAUUCACAAAUUUGGAACCUGGCUCAAAAAGAAGCACAAGGGGAAUCUUUAUGAAGCUCUUGAAAAAGUUAAAGCUGAGCUUAUGCUGUUGGGAUUCAUAUCACUACUCUUAACAGUAGCACAAACACCAAUCUCAAGUUUCUGCAUUCCAAAAAGCGUUGCAUCAUCAAUGCGUCCUUGCAGCGCUGCGGAAAUAGCUAAAAAAGAAGCGGAAAUGGCUAAAAAAGAAGCCGAUAAACAAAAAUCCACUGGAAAACUUCUCCUUGAGUUAGCUGAAUCUUACAUCCCUAGAAGAAGUUUAGCCACCAAAGGUUACAACGAAUGCCCAAAGGGGAAAGUGCCUUUUGUAUCUGCUUACGGAAUCCACCAGCUGCAUAUAUUCAUUUUCGUGCUCGCAUUGGUUCAUGUUAUCUACUGCAUUGUUACUUAUGCUUUGGGAAAGACCAAGAUGAGGAAGUGGGAGAAGUGGGAGGACGAGACGAAGACAAUAGAAUAUCAAUAUUCCAACGACCCUGAGAGGUUCAGGUUUGCGAGAGACACAACUUUCGGACGAAGACAUCUCAAUGCCUGGAGCAAGACUAGUGUUACGCUCUGGACUGUUUGUUUUUUCAGACAGUUCUUUGGAUCUGUCACCAAAGUUGAUUACUUGACUUUGCGGCAUGGUUUCAUCACGGCGCGAUUUGCUCCUGGGAGCGGGAGCGAAAAAAUGCCAUAUGAUUUCUGCAACUAUAUUCAGAGAUCAUUAGAAAAAGACUUCAAAACCGUUGUCGAGAUCAGUCCCGUCAUCUGGUUUGUAACUGUGCUAUUCCUAUUGACCAACUUAGAUGGACUACAUUCUUACCUCUGGUUACCAUUCAUUCCUCUGAUAGUGGUUCUAAUAGUUGGAACAAAGCUUCAAGUGAUUAUAACCAAACUGGGUUUAAGAAUCCAAGACAAAGGCGAUGUGGUAAGAGGUGCCCCUCUGGUUCAGCCUGGUGAUGAUCUCUUCUGGUUUGACCAACCUGGCUACAUACUUUUCCUUAUCCAUUUGGUUCUUUUCACGGUACGAUUCACCACCCUGUUUAUCCUCUUUUGGUUUUUCUUUCUCCUUGAUAAUAAGCCUAUGAGUACUAAAAACACUUCAGUUUUUCAGAAUGCAUUUCAACUUGCUUUCUUUGCAUGGAGUUCUUAUGAAUUCGGUGUCAGUAAUUGUUUCCACAAAAAACCUCAAGAUAUAGCCAUAAGAAUUGUACUUGGACUUGUUGUACAGAUACUUUGCAGCUAUGUGACUCUUCCACUCUAUGCUCUUGUCACUCAGAUGGGUACUAAGAUGAAGCCAACGGUAUUCAACGGAAGAGUAUCCAAGAUGCUAAAGAAGUGGCAUCACAAAGCACAGGAGGAGACACAACACGGAAGACGCUCUGAAUCAAACACACCUCACCCUAGCUGUCCAACUACACCAACUCAUGGCUCAUCUCCUAUCCAUCUUCUUCACAAUUUCAACCACAGAAGCGUUGAAAGUUAUCCUAAUCCUCCUUCUCCCAAUCAUCAUGACCACUAUCAGUUUUAUGAUCCUGAGUCUCAACAUAAAGCAGCUGAAUCUUCCACACAUCAUUCUACUGCACAUGAAAGUGCAUCCGUGGAACUUCCUCCUAAACGACCAGCAAACGCUUAAAGAGACGGAGAUUCUUGAUUUACACAUUUUCAUGUCCUGCAAUUGAUAUAUUGCCAUAAGCACUUUUACACUACUACAUGUAUCAUGUAUGAGACCUUAACCAUCUAUAAAGAUGGAUAAUGUAUUCUGGCCACCCUUAUAAUAAGGGUUCCUAAAAUUUAAACAUACAUUUUGAUUCUAA